UCAAUUUACAUGUGUUGAGGAGAAAGGGUACUAAUAUCGUUGAUAAUGCAGAAGAAUCCUACAUGUCCUGCGUGCUGCCACACCUUUGGCACGAAAGACCCAGCUCGGCCUCAUGGUCCACGAAUGCCCCUGUUGCUGAGAUGUGGGCAUACAUAUUGUGAAAGUUGUCUUUUCAAACUUGCCAAAUUUCACAAGACUGGUAUACCAUGCCCAUCAUGCAAAGUUUUGACACAGCUGAAAGAAGAAGGGAGUAUAAAAUGUUUGGAGCCAAACAUAUAUUUACUUGGUUUGCUCUCUGCACAAAGAAGAAAGAGUGUUGCCAGCAACAACAGCGUCCUUAACUUUACACCAGCUGGAAUGUUGCCAAGAAAGAAGAAAAGCAGCCUGGAGGAGUCAGAAGACUGCGAAACAAAAGUUCCUUGCAAAGAGUGUAAUUUUAAUCCAGCUACAUGCUGUUGUCUCAAGUGUGAUGUAACCAUGUGUGGGAUAUGCUUUGAUAGGGUUCACUCUGCCUCCAAUACGUUAAGGAAGCAUCAAGCUGUGCCAAUCUAUGAAAGCGGUUUGUCACUUGGUGGCAGUGUUUGUAAGGAUCAUGACAACCGUGCCAUAGAAUACUUCUGUGAGGACGACCAAACUGCAAUAUGUUCACAUUGUGUUAUUGUAGGGGAGCACAAGAGCCAUGCCAUUUCUUCUAUGGAGGACAAAAAUAAAACUGUGUUUGCAGACAUGGAACCCGUGAUUAACACAGCUGCCAAGGUGCUAAAAAACCUGAAAAAGUCAGAAAAGGUGCUGAAUGAUGGUAUUCCAGAUAGUAGAGUUACAGCAAUUCAGCUUGUUGAGGAAGUGCAGUCUCAUUUCCAAACAUUACAUGGACUGCUUCAAGCAAGGGAGAUAGAGUUAACAGCAGAAAUAGAAACAGCAUGUGCUGAACAGAUAAUGCCAAUGGAAGAUAUGAAACUAAACAUUGUCGAGGAGUCAAAGAGGAUAGAGUUUCUUUUAAAAGAUGCCAGAAAGGUGAUGAAUAACAACAAUCAACUGAUACUGAAUGCCAAUGAGAUUUUGAGUAAGCUGCAGUCUAUAGAGACUUUCCCUUGUCACUGUGUUCCUGUGGUUGAGGAGGAGCAGCUUGGGGUGAAAGUUCAGUUCACAGAAGACUUCAAAAACAUGAUACCAGAGUAUGGCAAGAUCCAAUCCACCCCAAUCAAUAGGUUUGAGCUGGUGCCUCUUAGUGAGAUUGUAGAUAAAGGAGAUGAUAGGACCUCAGAAAUCAGUGAUGAUGUCAUCAUUGAGGAAGAGAUAGAAGAGAGCUUGUCUACUGAUGGUAGCUUGUCUACCUCUCAACACAGCCAGCACAGUUCUGGGACUGGCACCAGUGUCUCUGCCACUGACACCAUUGCACAUAGAAAAAAGAUGGCUCAGAGGACAAAGGUCAACUUUGUACGACAAGAGUUGGUGUAUGUCACCCAUAUAAAAAACCCUAGUCACUUCAUAAUCCAGAGAGUAGCAGAUGUAGAGAGGCUCAAAUCCUUAGCCAGGAAUAUGAACAAAUGGUGUAAUGGAGAUAAGGCAGAAAGACCGUCUUCUGCAUGCAAAGAUGAUCUAGUCCUUUGUCAGUAUGCUUUGGAUAACUGCUGGUAUAGGGCCAGGGUGAAAGAUAUUUUGUGGGAUAGUGACACCACCACAUCAAGCAAGCCAAAGAUAGAAGUAUAUUAUAUAGACUAUGGCAACACUGAGAUUGUGCCCUUAGAAAAAGUGCGUGCAAUGCAGAACAGGUUCUUGCGUGUCCCAGAGUUAGCUGUGCAGUGUGCCCUUUUGGACUUGGUUCCUGCUGACAAGACCAACCCACAGUGGUCCCUUGAAGCAAUCCAAUCAUUUGCAAAGAUGACAGAGGAUAAACCCAUGCUCAUGAGUGUUGUUAAAAAUGUAAACAAUGUGAUGCAUGUGGACCUGAGUAAGCCUCCCAAUGAUGGAAUCCAGGAUGACCGCCCUGUUUCUAUGAGGGAUUCUCUUGUAUUCCUAGAACUGGCCUGUCUAGCCACCCCAGAGUCCACUCAUGUUACUUCUGGCCCAAUGCUACUACCUGCCAGAAGAUACCUCCAUUCAGAGCUGCCAGAAAUAGAUGACAUAUUAGAUGUGGUGAUAAGUCAUGUUGACAGUCCCAGUAGCUUUUACGUACAACAAACUAAUGAUGAGGCUAGAUACUUUUCACAAAUGAUGGAAGAGCUCCAAACUGUUUACAACAAUACUGAAGAUCUGUAUGCUGUUUUGUGUCCACAAAAAGACAUGGUGUGUGUAGCCCAGUACCAUGACAACCUGUGGUAUCGUGCCCAGGUGACCCGUCUCCCUGGCAGGAGAAUGGUUGAGAUCCAGUAUGUGGAUUUUGGAAACUCAGAAAUCAUCUCACACUUGAAGCUCAGGAAAAUUUUGGACAGGCAUCUAGUGCUUCCUGCUCAGGGACUGCACUGUAGUCUUGCUGAUAUUGAACCUGUUGAUGUAGAGGUGGGAUGGAGUCCACAGGUCGUGGAUCAGUUCAAGACGAAUGUCUUCCAGCAAAGAGUUUUGAGAGUCAAAGGGUUUCUUGAUCAAUGUUUGUCAGUGUUGCUGUGUGCAGUGACUGACAGUGGUGAAGUCUGCUUUAAUGCAUAUUUGGUGAAUGAGGGACUUGCUGUCAGCACAGGACCUGGUUCCAAGCCAACUAGCUUAGCUAUGCCAAACCUAAUAUCUUACGGGAAAAAUCAGUGUUCUGCAACAGAAGAUUUGGAAUCGAUACCGGGGAACAAUCAGGUUCACCCUAAUGCACUGAAUUUGGUGGAUUCUGGUAUAUGUUUGGAAAACCAGGAAGUGGCAAACAUUGCCAAAGAUGCCAAAAUUGGUAUUUGUGAUCCAGUAGUGUCACAGAUUGCCCAGGGUGAUUUGAGAACAGAUGAGUUGUCUGAAGAGGACAUGGCAAAGAUUCAUGGAGGCUGGCAUCGACCUCAGUCUGUUGUCCAAGCUAGUCCAGCAAGUGUGACCAGUGGGGUGACUGACCUAGAAGUAAAUGUAGCUUCAGCAGGACAAGCAGAAUCUCAGAAAGACAAAAAACCUUGCCAUUCUACUAUACCAGAGAUAGAAAGAGAUUGUGACUGGUUUGGAGAUAUUAACACUGAGAAAAAAAUGAAACUUGGCAAAUCUGCUACUGCUAAUAAAGAACAAUCUGUCAAAAUUAGGAAGUCAAAGAAAUUGAAAGACGUGCCUGGAACCCCAAUCAUUGUAAGCCAUGUUGAAUCUCCAACUCUGUUAUAUGUUAGAACAGUGGAUGGGGAAACUGAUCUUAACAAGUUGAUGAAUGAGUUAGAUGAGCAAUUUUCCAAAACUUCACCAGUCCAGCUGACAUUAGAGCCAGAAGAUGUCUGUGCUGCCAAGAGUACAACUGAUGGCCGCUGGUACAGAGCCAAAGUCUUGAGCAUAUUGUCAAAUGAUUUUGUCCAGGUGCAUAUGCUUGACUUUGGCUUUGAGGAAAAGCUUAAAAUGGAGAUGUUGCGCCCCCUAGAGGCUAGAUUCAUAGAAUACAAUCUGUUUGCCAUUCGCUGUCACCUCACAGACAUCUGUGCUGCUGGGGAUAGGACAAGGUGGUCCAAGACUGCAUGUGAGCAUUUCAAAGAACUCAUUGCUGAUGCAGAGUGUAAUAUAGAACCUAAGGGAGAACUGACUGAUGGUUCCCUGCCAAUUGACUUAAUAAUGAUAGAAACACUGGAAGGAGAUGCUUUGACUCCAGCAACAACUGAAUGCAGAUCUUUCAGCAAAAUUUUAGUGGAAGAAGGUUUAGCUAUUCCAGUCAGGAAGAGGUCACAAGUAGCAGCAUCAUUACAGGAAAACAAUGAAAGGAAAGCAACUUCAGAACAGGGGCAAUUAAUUGUACAGUCUAAUACAUUUUCUGAUGCAACCAAAUCAGACAUCCUGCCCACACAAGCAUUAGCCGCAGAAGUAACUGUGGCACCAACCAAAGAUCAGCAUUCAGAAGCAUUAACUGAAGAACCACUGUUGUCAGAGACCAUGGCUAAUGAGCCUGUGGCUACAGAGUCAAACACCAAAGAAUCUCGUUCACCUGUGGACCUUCCAAUUGAACUCCCACCCAACAGCUUGUUACUAAAAAAAAGAAAAAAAAGAGAAGAAUUGGCCCAACCACCCACACAAUUCCCACCAUUUGAAUUGCCACCGUACCCAGGCACCUUGACAGUCAUUCCCACGUAUGUUGGUAUAGAUGGGGUUAUAUAUGCUCAGGAGUAUAAAUCAGAUGAGGACCCAGAAGGGAGACUUGGUUAUAUCCUACAGGAGUCAACAUUGGAAGUGAAAGUACAAGACAAAUAUUUACAGAGUAUAGGUAUGAAAAGGUAUAAAAUCAUUGCAGAUGGUAACUGCUUAUUUCGAGCCUUUGCCCAGGGAAUAUUUCAGGAUCAGAACCAACAUCUGAUUGUGCGAAGUGCAGUGAUCCAGGCUUUGCAGGAGCAGUGGGAUGUUUUCAAGGAUAUCAUCUAUGAAGAUGACAAAAUGAAAUAUAUACAAAACUUAGCCAAGCCAGGAUCAUAUGGUGGCGAGGUAGAAAUCCAGGUGGUCUGCUACAUAUAUGACAUUCAAACUGUGCUAUAUAUGAAUGGCUUGCACACCCCAGUUUUGACUAGGACCUAUGGUGCUGGCUCUGCAGAUGUUGUGGAGCUGAUCUUUCUCUCAGACGGCAGGGUGGAUAAUGGUCACUAUGAUCUUGCCAUUCCCAGUUCUCUCUGUGUACCCAACCCUGACUACGCUGCAUGGAGGCAGAUGAGAAUAUGUGAAAUGCAGCAACAUGCUGAUAGACAAGAUGUCACUUCUUUUGAUGACAGCACCUUGGCACAACUGAUGGAUGUCUUACAACACCACUACCAGAACACUGAGCCAGACUUGAAUGUCCAGUGGGCAGUUGAUCAAGCCUGUGUGGCCAGGUUCAGCCAGGAUAUGCACUGGUACAGAGGGAGGGUACUGGAGAUAAAUGAGCAGGGAAUAUUGGUCCACUACAUCGACUUUGGCAACAAUGAGUAUGUAUUGCCUGAAAAUUUAAGGAGUGAUGUCAUUUUGACUCAGAUUCCUCAGCAGUGCCUGGAGUGCAUUUUAUUUGGGAUCAAACCAAAUACAGCAGAUGGCCAUUGGACUAAGUCAUUUACAGAGUUCAUCCAUGACACCAUAGUAGGGGUGUCCUGUAUCAUGGAGUUACAGAUGAAGCCAAAAGAAGGUGAACCAUUGGCAGUGUCAAUAACAACAUCGGAUGACAGACACUUGGAACAAAUACUACUAUUCUUAGACAUAGCUGUCAGAUAUGAAGAUCAGCAUGCACUGCCUGUGACAUCUGAAGAAGUUGAACAGGGAGAGGAUUUGGGACCUUACACACCACUAGAACUUCCAGCUGUGAAUGAACUUUUUACAGCAAUUGUCACACAGGUGGAUGCAGUUGAUAAGAUGUACAUCCAGAAGUGCCAUGUGGAAGAGACAGAGGACCCCAAGGUGUACCUAGCAAACCAACAGCUGGAGGCCCUCCUCAGCAUAACCAUGGAGCUGAAUGCUUCAGCUGAGAACUAUCCUUCAGUAGAGACUAUCAGUGAGGGUAUGGCUUGUGUGGCCCAGUUCACUGCUGAUGGCUGCUGGUACAGGGGCUUAGUUAUUAAGGUGGAGGAGAUCUGUGAAGCUGCAGUGCUCUAUGUGGAUUAUGGGAACAAAGAAAUUGUACCAAAGGAAAGAUUACGUCAUAUCCCAGAAGAAUUUCUCAGUCUCCCUGCUCAGGCAGCCCCUGUAAAGAUUGAGGGCUUGAUUUCUCACUCUAUACAUGCUGCAACUUUAGAAGAUGUACAGCUGAUUUCUAAUGAACUUGGGGACAGUGUCAAGGUUGCUGUUGUAAAGGCCCAUGGUUUCCCAGCCAGUAUAGAAUUAUACACACACGUUCCUUGCCCUGGUCAACCUAAGCCAUAUGCGUACCAGUCUUUGAUAGAUCAAGGGAUUAUAGAGAUACAGAGUGAGGAGAGUGAUUUGCUUUACUCUGGAGCUGAAGCCACAUCAGUCACCUAUGGUGGUUCAGAAGAAACUGUAUCUUUAGCAAAGAGCACAGACCCAAGGUCUGAACUAAGUUGGUAUGAUCAGACUGCCAACUUUCUGACUUGUGAUGGAUAGCCCUGACCAUGCUUUAUACUCUUGCAUGUAGAGUGGGAUAUAGAAAUGAACUGCAGGAAUUUCAGUGGGACAUUAGUCUUAUAAUUUGACUGCAGUUGGAUUUGACAGUGAUGGUGCUGUCAGCUCACCUUUUAUUUUUAUGAGAAAUGAUUGUAGCAAUUGAAAGAUUAUUCGUUGAUGGUUUCAACUCAGAAAUCAUAAAUUUAUGUGACAUCUUUAAUGGAUGAAACAGGUUGUUUCAAGGACAUUUAGAAGGUCUUUAUUUUAAAAACAGUAUUUUUUGUAUUUGUUUUAUUUCUGCCUAAUGCAUCUUUCACUAUUUAGUUGCAAUUUGAUAAAGAUAUCAAUUAACCUAGAUAUUUAGAAAAUUAUAUUUUGUUUAACUUGUUGAUUCAUGGUAAAAUUGAAUACAAUAUAACAAUGUAGUUUUUUUAAUGAAAACUUUAUACUGUUAAAAUGUUAUUAAUAAAAUCUUAAACAAUUUGUCUUGGAGUUAUUUAACAGGCAAAUGCUAAACAGCGUCCAGUUGUCCCCUUAAAAUGUGCAAGAAAACAAGUUACUACAUAUCUUUAUCUAAAGAUGUGCCAAGGAGUCUCCCUAAUAUAUUCUACCCUAGUGUUGAGCAAACAAAUUUUUUUCUUUAUCCUUUCAAUAAGGAGUAAAUGACUAUAUUUGAAGGUGAGCUGUCUUAAAGUAGUAAGUGCCGAGUUUGAAGCAUUGCUUCUCAUUUAUGUCAGUAACAAGAAAUGCGAACCUCAUUCUGGCUACAGCUGUUGACACCAGCAGAUGCAUGACUGUGUUGAUGGCAUUGUUGCUGUACAAUAAAUAAAGAUGAAAUAAAUAAGAGCCGUGAUUGCGCUGUGAUGACAAAAUAA